GUGUCUUUUUAUGUUGCGUGUUUCUGUAUGUAUAUUGGCAGAGACUAAACUUUAAUUCAUAUACUCCAGCAGACUGGACGUGAUACAGAGGAAAUUUACUUUCUGGAAAUAGAUUUUAUGUAAUUGCUUUGUACUGCUGAAAACUGAAACGUGGGAAUAUAAUAUGAUAUCUCUGAAUUAUUUAUUUAUGAAUUACAUACAGGAGAGACAUGUGAUGUAAGUGAACGAGUCAGCUUUAUGAAAUAUUUAUAUCUUUCAAAGGAAUUUAACGUAAAAAUUGCGAACAUUCCAAUAAAGCUUUAAGAUUUUAUUCAAGAAAACUUUAAUACAGGACGUAAUAUGAUGUUACAAGAGAAUCGCGUUAUGUAAAUUUGAUACAUUGCACAGCGCUUCGUUUUCCAUGAAUUCGUCCAAUACGGGAAAUACAAUAUUUAAAGAUCACGGAUAAUAAAUGAUAUGAUUUAAAGUGAAAAGAUUUACGAUAUAUCAUAAUUAUUUAUGAAUUUAAAUAACUUGCAACUGAAACUGAUUGCAAAUAUGUCCCGGAUACAUGUCUGGUGCUGAUCUAAUGCUGCUCAGUGUCGAAUUUCUAUUAAAUUGUUUUAUUAUGAAAAUUCUUUUAUGAAAUCAAAUUUUAAAUUACUAUUCAUUACAGAAAUUGCGGAAGUUUUUUUUAGUGUGGUUUGAUUCGUGCUAUAUCAGCCAUGAACAUCUAAAUGGAUUAAACUCUACGAAUGAAACACUGACAGCAGCGCAUAAGAAGUAGAUUAACACAAACUGUUACAGAAAUGAAGGAUAAUGUGGUGUUCAGUGGCCACUUAUAAGAUUUAAAUGUUGUACAACGUCUUGUGUAAGCAAUGGGUCAAUUCUGGACGAAAAUUUUCAAACACAAAGAUGUCAGGAUAUUACUCCUUGGCCUUGACGGAGCUGGAAAGACAACGUUACUUUAUCGUCUAAAACUUGGAGAGGUGGUCACACACAUUCCAACUAUAGGAUUUAAUGUGGAGCAACUUACAUACAAGAACAUUACAUUCACAGCGUGGGAUAUAGGUGCAAGAGACAAAAUGCGUCCCUUAUUCCGUCAUUACUACAAAGGGACAGACGCGGUAGUCAUGGUGAUUGACUCUUCAGACCGCGAGCGAUUGGAUGAGCUAUAUUGUGAUGUACUAAAGCCCGCCCUCCACGCGGAAGAACUAGCCAAUAGCGUGUUUCUAUUUCUUGUCAACAAGAAAGAUCUGCCGGACACUAUGAAUAAAGAUGAGGUGUCCAUUAAACUAAAUCUCCAUUCAGUCAAACACGUUUGGAACAUAAUUGAGACAAGUGCUAUUCAGGGUGAUGGUCUGACAGACUGCAUGGAUUGGCUUGCCACUCAGCUAGGAUCAAGUUCGAGCUCAGCCAAGAAGCCAACAUCACACGCUUUACGUAGAACUUCUAGUGACACUUCCCCAAGCCAUUGUGAUAAACCAACAGAAAUAAAAGACAAAUCAGCCCACAAAGAUUACUGCACACGUGCAUACAUGCUUUUAAUGCUUCUUCAUUCGGCAAGUGUUCCACCGGUAUUGAGAUAA